AUGGACUGUGGAGAGAACAUCCCGCCUCUAGAUGAAGAUCUCAAAUCAAACCGCUUGAAUCUCAAUGGACUAUACCAUGUGGGUCGGACGUUGGGAAGGGGCCACUAUGCUGUGGUCAAACUGGCUCGCCACGUCAACACUGGGCAGCUGGUUGCUAUCAAGAUGAUUGACAAGACCAAACUUGAUGUCAUGGCAACAAGCCACCUCUUACAGGAAGUCAGAUGCAUGAGGCGGGUUCAACAUCCCAAUGUAGUUCGCCUUUAUGAGGUCAUUGACACACCCACCACCCUUUACCUGGUGAUGGAACUGGCGGAGGGGGGUGACUUGUACGAUUACAUCCUCCGCCAUGAAACGGGCGUUGCCGAGGGCACUGCCAAACGCCACUUUGCCCAGAUUGUGCGCGCCGUGGCUUAUUGCCAUGAGCUCCACGUGGUCCACCGAGACCUGAAGCCAGAGAAUGUGGUGUUCUUUCCUCAGCAGGGGGCAGUGAAACUGACAGACUUUGGCUUCAGUAACUUAUUCAAACCUGGGACAAUGUUGGCCACCAGUUGUGGAUCCUUGGCAUAUUCUGCACCUGAGAUUCUGCUAGGAGAAGAGUAUGAUGCUCCAGCUGUGGAUAUCUGGUCCCUGGGUGUGAUCUUGUAUAUGUUGGUCUGUGGGGUUCCUCCUUUCCAGGAGACCAACGACAGCGAGACUCUGGUGAUGAUUCUUGAUUGUCGUUACUCCAUCCCUGAACGCGUCUCAAGCGACUGCAGAGAUCUGAUCUCAAGGAUGCUCCAGAAGGAUCCUUCUCUGCGAGCUUCGCUGCAGGAGAUUGAGGCUCAUCACUGGCUACAGGGACUGGACAAUGUGCUGCUCAGCCCAGAGGCCCCUCCCCAUUGGCUGUCGGGGGCCCUCUCUUCAACCUCACCCCUCUCCCGAACGGUCGAGUCUGGCGACCUGCUCGCUGCCAAGUCGCAGUCCUUACCGGCGCCGCGGCAGGUUAACUUCACCUACUCCCUCCACCCGCCCCCCGUCGAGGAACCCCCCGUCACCAAGAACCUCCCUGCUCUCCUUCGGAUCUGUGAGGAAGAAGAAGAAGAAGAGGAAGAGGAAGAAAGUAACCUGGCCAAAGAGAGUGAAGGUUUGUUGUCACUGUUGGUAAGUGAACCACAGAAGGACACUGAAGUUGCGCUCGAAGGAGCGGACAAUCAAGAGGAAAGGGUUGCCAAGCUAGGGAGAAUAGAGGAGAUGUUAGUGGAAGAUGAGGACAAAGCGGAGACAGAAGUAGAACACACACGCAGCGCUUGUGUGAUUUCAUACCAACCAGUCGGUCACGCUGACAAUCUCGUAAGCCCCGCUCCUGAACCCCCCGCUCCUCGCGAAGCCGAGACCGGUUUGAGGGUCCCCUGCUGUCAGGGCUGGACGGAACCAGCCAGCCCAGAGAAAGCCCACCACCGAGAACCAGAACCAAACAACAACAGAUCUGCCGCCUGCGCGACAUCUCAGAAACAAAAAACAAGCCGCAUCGGGAAAAAGGACCAGAGGACGGACACGGGCGCAAGGAACGACUUUGUGACGGACAGAUCCCAGUCCCACAACGCAACGGGGUCCUGGGACGAGGGCGCUGCCAGGGUGGAGCCUGCUGGGAAACGGCACAGCCUCAAGCUGCGCGAGCGACUCUUCCAGCUGCCGCUGUGUGAGAAAGCGCUGGCCUUCAACAUCCCCACAAACAACAAAGCCAAGAUCCUCCCGCUGGCUCAGUACAACUGUUGCCAUGUGCUCUGA